AUGUGCGGUAUCCUAGCCGUCAUCCUCGCCUCCAUAUCUGCAGAUGCUGCACCAGAGUUGCACCAGGCCCUCUACUACCUCCAGCACCGAGGCCAGGACGCUUGCGGUAUCGCGACAUGUUCAAAAGGCGCCAAGAUCUUUCAGUGCAAGGGCAAUGGCCUCGCCUCCAAGGUGUUCAAUGAGGGCAAGAGAGUGAAGGAUCUCCCCGGAUACAUGGGAAUUGGACACCUACGAUACCCUACAGCGGGCAGCAGCGCAAACUCGGAAGCGCAGCCGUUCUACGUGAACUCGCCGUACGGAAUCUGCUUCACACACAAUGGCAACUUGAUCAAUGCCCCAGCGUUGAAGGAAUAUCUGGAUCAGACAGCACACAGGCACAUCAACACCGAGUCUGACAGUGAGCUGAUGUUGAACAUCUUCGCCGAUGAGCUCAACGUUACGGGUAAAGCACGCGUCAAUGCACAAGACAUAUUUCGUGCGCUGGAAGCCAUGUACGAGAAGUGCAAAGGCGGCUGGGCAUGCACAGCUAUGCUGGCUGGAUUUGGCUUGAUUGGUUUCCGUGACCCUCACGGCAUCAGACCUAUGGUCCUCGGCGAGCGACCUUCGCUGGACGUGAAAGGAGGCAAAGACUACAUGAUGGCAUCUGAAUCUGUGGCGCUUUCGCAAAAUGGCUAUACCAACAUUCGGGACAUUUUGCCAGGGCAAGCAGUCAUCAUCGAGAAGGGCAAGGAGCCAGAGUUUCGGCAAGUCAGCCCCCAGCUAGACUAUGCGCCAGACAUCUUCGAGUAUGUGUACUUUGCCCGGCCAGAGAGCGAGAUCGACGGCAUUUCUGUGUACCGCAGUCGGCAGCUCAUGGGGUACCGCCUUGCCGAGACCAUCAAACAGCAGCUUGGCCAAGAAGUCAUCAAGACCAUCGAUGCUGUCAUCCCAAUACCGGAAACAGCAAUGGUGUCCGCAUAUGCUGUCAGCAAACACCUCAAGAUUCCAGAGAGUCAAGGUUUCGUCAAGAAUCGGUACAUCUUCAGGACUUUCAUCAUGCCCAACCAGACUGCCAGGCAACGUGGUGUCCGCGCCAAGCUGAAUGCCAUCCCAAUCGAGUUCAAAGACAAGAAUGUGCUACUCGUCGAUGACAGCAUCGUCCGAGGUACCACUUCGCGCGAAAUUGUCCAGAUGGCAAGAGAGGCAGGAGCGAAGAAGGUCUACUUCAGCAGCUGCGCACCACCCGUAACACAUUCGCACAUCUACGGCAUUGACCUCGCAUCUCGGAAUGAGCUGGUAGCACACGGUCGCAAUUCGAGAGACAUUGCCGAACACAUCGGCGCUGACGAUGUGAUUUACCAGAACUUGGACGAUCUGAUCUCGGCAUGCGCUCAGGACAGUCCGCGUGAUCCGAAGACGCAGCGCUUCGAGAUCGGUGUCUUCUGUGGUAAAUACGUCACGCCAGUUGAUCAAGAAUACUUUGAUCAUCUGGAGCGGAUCCGUGGCGAGACGAAGAAGAUGAAGAUGAUGGAGAAAGCCGUGCAAGCCGUUGCGCAAGGCACAGCGUCACAGAAAGAAAUCAAGAUGGCCGUAAACGGCGUUGACGUCGAUGAUCAUGGUGAGGUCGUCGCCCGCGACAGCGGCUCAGAUGGCGAAGGCCGUCUGCCGAAGAAGGAGGUCCGUGGUCGAAUUUCCCGUGGCAACAGCUUUGUCGCAGAUUCGGCUCCUUCGAGACCGCAAAAUGGGCAAGAGCGUAGUGAGAGUCAGGACGUUGCACUACACAACAUCAAUGAUCAUGGAGGCGAGUCGUAG